AUGGUUGCUGAUCGAGUGCAAGCAGCGAAGGUUGCCUAAUCCACGGAACUUUAUCCGUUUCAGUUUCAUUUACCUGGGGUCCCUCACCUCCAUGUAAACAGGCCCCAAGAAAAAGCACAAGUGAUAAUUUGGAUACAAUUCUUCGCUAGAACAUAACAUUGAGACUAGCGACAUGUUUUGUUUUGUCUGCAUGGUUCAGAUAUAUAUGCCCUAGAACAGAAAUGUUGGUUUAACAGUUUUGUGAAGGACAUUUAAAGCUGUGAAUCACCUCAGUUUUAUUCAUUUUGUGACCAGUUUGGACUUACAGCUAAGUUGUACUUCGAAGAACUGAACGAAAAAGCCAGGAACGUUGAAUGGCAGGGAAUUCUUACCGGCAAGGGUAUCUUUUAAGGAUCGUGUUUUCGGUCAACUAUGCAAUAACUUUAGAUUGUGCGCAAAUUUUCUCGAGAAGAAUGGUUUGCUUAACUUUCCCUCAAACUUCUGUUACUAACAGAAUUGGCUCAGCGGCAACUAAACAAGUGGUAAUCCACAGAUUCCAGGUUUGCGUCGUAUAACAGGAGAAAAGUGCUGCUGUCACAAAGGCUUUACAAGACAGGUUAAGACUCUUGUUCAUUUAAAAUAGCUCUAGAGAUAAUAAUCAUAAGAAACCUGGAACAUAUUUCUUUAUUUUUUGGCAGUUUUCAUCCUUUGUUUUUUUACCCCAUCUAUGUAUACUUAUUCGUCCCCAUUUUUUUGCUCUUUCAAGCUUUGCCGAAUAGCUCUUUGUAACAGCGAGAAGGGUACGCUAGAUCUCCAACUGUUCAAACAUUUAUGCGUAAGACAGCCGAAAGAACUUCAGGUUUGCUGCAAGACUGGAACAACUUCUCAUUGAAUGAAAAUUGGAUGGCACAAACAAGAGAAUAUCUUCUGUAAAGGUAUUCUUAGACUGGUUACUUGUUAAAAUACUUUGGUAAAAGCUGAUGAACUUUUCCAUCAGAAAUUCACUAUUUAAAAUUUUAAUCAGUAAAAAUUUAUCCAGUUACUUUCUAGGAAAUACAAGAUAGGGUUCACUGUAAUGUCUUUGAGUGAGUUUACCAAUCAUUCAUAUUUCAAUUGGUUUUUUUUCUUCAACAGGGAAGAGGAAUAUUUGGGAAUUUUGA